UUGCUGGGCUCAGUCGACAAACGGAGCUCGCAAGCGACACUUGGGGCCAGCGGAGCGAUACUACAGUCGAGACCGCGAAAAACGGAAAAACAGCCACUCUUCAAAAUCGGCGAAAAGCAAAAGAAAAACGAAGAAAAAAACAAAACAGCAGCAGGUCACAACAAAAAUUGCAACACCGAAAGCGCGCGUGCGCAAUACGAUAAGUUAGAAGAGGGGAAAAAUCGAGGAAAAUCACACAGUGAAUACGCUCACAACUCAAAGAUGGCUGCCGUUGAAGUGAGGAAUGGCUAUAAGUAUUAUGGCUCCAAAUCGAAUCCCAAGAUUGUGCUCAACCAGCUGAAUAUGAACGUGAUGCGUGGCUCCAUUUAUGGUUUGCUUGGUGCCUCUGGUUGUGGCAAGACUACCCUGCUCUCCUGCAUCGUUGGCCAAAGGUGUCUCAAUGGUGGCGAAGUCUCUGUGCUGGGUGUUAAGCCAGGAGAACCUGGCAGUGGUGUGCCCGGUUCAAGGGUGGGUUUUAUGCCCCAGGAGAUUGCCCUCGUGGAGGAGAUGACUGUCAAGGAGACCAUCUUCUAUUUUGGUCGCAUCUAUGGCCUGGAUGAUGAUCGCAUCCGGGAGAAGUUCAAGCUGCUCAAGGAGCUUCUCCAGCUGCCGCCAGCCACACAGAUGAUCAAGCAGUGUAGCGGUGGCCAGCAGCGUCGGUUGUCCUUUGCCUGCGCCAUGAUCCAUGAUCCCGAGCUCCUGAUCCUAGAUGAGCCCACUGUGGGACUGGAUCCCAUGUUGAGGGAGAAAAUCUGGGAUUUCCUUGUGGAGACCACCAGAAAUAGCAAAUUGGCUGUGAUCAUUACCACCCAUUAUAUAGAAGAGGCCAAGCAGGCCAAUUGCAUUGGCUUAAUGCGCAAUGGCGUACUCCUGGCGGAGGAUACACCCACCAAUAUUAUGAUCAAGUUUGGCACUCAAUCCAUUGAAGAUGCCUUUCUUAUUCUGAGUCAGCGUCAAGGGAAUGAGGAUGAGCUGGCUCAGAUCAUGGAUCGUAAUAAGAACCAGGCCUUGCCCACGGCUAUACUGCCGCCUGAGGUUAUAGACACUCAUGAAUUGACAACACCCGAAAAACCACCAAUACCCUUCGAAGAGCCACCAAAUGAGAAUCGUAAGAAGGUGUUCUUUACCACCAAGGGCAGGGUCAAGGCUCUGAUGACCAAGAACUUUGUGCAAUUAUUCAGGCAGCCAUCUGGCAUUAUCUUCAUGUUAUUGUUUCCCAUCAUCCAAUUGACUUGCUUUUAUCUUGCCAUUGGCAAGACGCCUACAAAUCUAGAGAUUGGAGUUUACUCCGGCGAAGUGCAGAGCUAUGGGGAGUGUUUUAAUGAUAGUCUAAUCACAGUUUACCACGACGAGGACACCGAACUCUGUCAGUUCCACAAGCUAUCCUGCAGAUACAUCCGAGAACUGGGCGAUGAUGUGGCCACACGAAAGUACUAUUCCAGUGAGGCGGAUGCCAUUAGUGAUGCCAAGAAGGCCAUGACUGUGGGUUAUCUAUAUUUUGCUCAGAACUUCAGUGAUUCGAUAUCAACGGUCCUCGAAGAUGGCAUUCAUGCCACCGAUGGUGCCGUGGAUUUUGCCGAACUGAGCAUUCACAUUGACAUGACAGAUCAACAAGUGGCUUACUUUAUGCAACGCAAACUGAGGGACAAGUUCACCACCUUUAUGCGCAGCGUUGUCCGGGAUUGUAAUGUAUCCUCAGCCAUUGUGGAUUUGCCUGUGCAGUUCCAGGAUCCCAUCUUUGGCAGCACGGAGAUUGAAUUUCAGCAAUAUUGUGCUCCUGGUGUGGUAAUGACCAUGGUCUUCUUCCUGGCCACUUUGAUGACAGCUGCGGUGUUUAUUUCGGAGCGAAUGGAUGGCAUUUGGGAUCGAACUCUAUUGGCAGGUGUUUCGGCCACGGAAAUGCUUUGGGCUCAUCUUCUGACUCAAUUGAUUAUUAUGGCCCUGCAGUCCUUUGAGGUGAUCAUGUACAUUGGCUUGGUCUUUGAUACCUACAACAAUGGGGAUACCCUAACACUCAUUGGAUUGCUCACACUGACUGCCUUUUGUGGCAUGCUGUUUGGUCUCUUCAUAUCCGUCUUUUGUAAAUCGCAUACGGAGGCCAAUUUUGUGGCCACUGGCGCCUUCUAUCCCAUGAUUAUUCUCUGUGGACUUCUUUGGCCCCUGGAGAGCAUGCCGCAGCUCCUGCAGGACCUGGUAAUGGUCCUACCCUUCACCAUACCCUCCAUAUCCGCCAGAAAUGUGAUCGAAAAGGGUUGGGGCAUCACCAAUGCCAAGGUCUACAAUGGUUUCCUGGUCAUGACCGCCUGGACGAUCAUCUUCUUUGUGCUCUGCCUGAUUGGCAUUAGGCGCAAGGCGUAGGAUAUUCUUUAUUUAACGGGGGCAUUUCAUAAAACACACACACACACAAAAAACACACCUAGUUGUAGUUGUAUUAGCAUUUUAAAUAGGCGAUUUUACGUGCAUAUAUCGUUGUAAUUUAAUAAUUAAUCGGAAGCAUAUCACUCGCAUUUUGUAGACUCUCAUCAUACACACACACACAGAAAGAAAAAAAGGGAAAUCACAUUCAUACCAACGAAUCAUAAGUCAGUCCUUAAGGAUUGUACUUAAGAAUGCAUAAGGUCUUAAGGGUGUCUCACAAAAAAUAUUUAUAAUACACACAGCACAGCAGCAUAUAAUCGUACUCAUUGACAAAAAACCCAACAAAAUUUCUUAUUUAAAAACAAAGAUGAUACUAAUCUAAGUUCAACAUUUAUACCCACAUUCUAUGCUAAGAUAAUCAGUGGGAGAAAAAAUGGUAAAACUUGGAACAAGUCUUGUAUACUAAAAUGUGAAAUUCUUAGAGCGAAAAUUUAAAUCAACCAAAAAUAUCAAUUUAAAUAAAAUGU